GAUCAUGGCGGAUGGCCCCAGGUGUAAGCGCAGAAAGCAGGCGAACCCGAGGAGGAACAACGUGACCAACUACAGUAAUGUGGUGGAGGCCGGCUCAGACUCCGACGAUGAGGACAAGCUGCACAUUGUGGAGGAGGAGGGCAGCCUCGCCGACGGGGCCGACUGCGAUAGCACCCUGCCAGAUGAUGAGCACCCCAGGGAGCGUUGCUGGGACGGAGUGAGGGAGGAGUGUGUGUCGGACGGUGAGGAUGAUGUCAGCACGGACGCCCUGGUGGAAGAGAUGCUCCAGCAAGGAGACACAGCCGUCAUUUACCCCGAGGCCCCUGAGGACGAGCCGCAGCGCCAGGGCACCCCUGAAGCCAGUGGUCACGAUGAGAACGGAACUCCUGAUGCUUUCUCUCAGCUGCUCACCUGCCCCUACUGCUCACGUGGCUACAAGCGUUACAGCUCCCUAAAGGAGCACAUCAAGUACCGGCACGAGAAGAGCGAGGACAACUUCAGCUGCUCCCAGUGCAGCUACACCUUCGCAUACCGCACUCAACUGGAGCGACACAUGACGGCCCACAAGGUCGGCCGGGAUCAGAGACACGUCACACAGUCGGGCGGGAACCGAAAAUUCAAGUGCACUGAAUGUGGCAAAGCAUUUAAAUACAAGCACCACCUGAAGGAGCAUCUACGCAUCCACAGCGGGGAGAAACCCUAUGAGUGCUCCAACUGCAAGAAGCGCUUCUCCCACUCGGGCUCCUACAGCUCCCACAUCAGCAGUAAGAAGUGCAUCAGUGUCAUCUCAGUCAACGGCAGACCGCGCUCGGGGAACACCAAGACACAGGCCCAGUGCCCGUCGCCAGCCCUGCCAGCCUCACCUUCCACUCUCCGCACCCAGAUUAGGGACAAGUUGGAGCACGGAAAGCCCCUGCAGGAGCAGCUGCCGCUCAACCAGAUCAAGAGCGAGCCGGUGGACUAUGAGUACAAGCCAACAUUGAUGACGUCCCCGACUGUAACUGGCAUGAACGGUGGGGUUUUCAACGGGGGUGCAGCAGCGCCACUGCAGGGUGCAGUCCAGGCCGUGGUCCUGCCCACUGUGGGGCUGGUGUCACCUAUCAGCAUCAACCUGGCAGACCUGCAGAACGUUCUUAAAGUGGCUGUAGACGGUAACGUGAUUCGCCAGGUGCUGGAGAACAAUGCCAAAGGCCAGGGGCAGGCAAACUCGGGUUUAACCACUGGAACGCUCCACCCACCACAGCAACAACUCAUCUCAGCCAUCAGUCUACCUAUUGUGGGUCAGGAUGGUAAUGCAAAGAUCAUCAUCAACUACAGUCUGGACCCAAACCAGGCCCAGGCCCAGCUAACUGCCCAGAACAUGAAGAAAGAGCCCCAGCCAGUCACACCAGCCCAGGCCGCCACUGAGACCUGCAAGGUCCAAAAACUCCCAGAGGACCUCACUGUCAGAAGUACCAAGGGCAAAGCGACUAAAGAGGUUGAGGAGGAGGGGAAGACCACUAAAACUUGUCUCCUGUGUGACAACUGCCCUGGGGGGCUGGAAACACUCCACGCCCUCAAGCACUGCAAGAAGGAUGGUCUCAGACUGAACGGAUCCUGCCUGGAUAAGUCUGACUCUGCUAUCACCGCCCUGCUGUCAGAAGGAGGGCUUUGCAACCAGCCCAAGAACCUCUUGUCCCUGCUCAAGGCCUACUUCGCCUUAAACGCAGAGCCCACCAAGGACGAACUGACCAAGAUCUCUGACUCGGUCAGCCUGCCCACGCACGUAGUCAAGAAGUGGUUUGACAAAAUGCAGGAGGGUCAGAUAUCACUGGGUGCCCCGACACCUCCCUCUGAGGAGGAGGAUACCUGUGAAACUAAGAGUGUGGUGUCUCUAGUCCCAGGGAAGGACAUGGCCACUAUGAGCCCUUCUGCCACCCAGGGCAGCCCUACAGAAGCUACCCCAGCGGAGGUCAACGGCUCUCACAGCUCGCCGGCCUCCCCCUCGCCACUAAACCUGACGGCCGGGGGUCCCGUCCAAGCCCUGCCCCCCCAGAGCACUGAGGGACCCCUAGAUCUGUCGCUGCCAAAGCCCACCAGAGACGAAGCGGAGAGGGCAGCGGCCAAAGUCCGCAUCUACCCCUCCCCCUCCUCUGGCUCCACCAAUCAGGAUGAGCCCCUGAACUUGACUUGCACAAAGAAAGAGGCAUCGCCACUCUCAGCCGGGAGCGGAGGCCACUCCAGCCCCGUCUCACUGUACGCCAGCCAGACAAGUGCCAACUCCAUCAAUAUUAUGACCACUCAGCUCCCAACCCUGGUGGCUAUUGCUGACCAGAGCCGCAUGCCGUGCCUGCGGGCGCUCGCCACCAACAACAAACAGACUAUCCUGAUCCCCCAGCUGGCCUACACCUAUACCACUACAGCAAACAGCCCUGCUGGUACAGAGACGCAGGAAAAGACUAUCCACCUCAAUGGAAUCAAGGAGGAGAAGCUGGACACCGGCUCGGAGGGCGUGUCCACCAUGGAGGAGCAGAACGACUCGGACUCAGGCCCCCCGAGGAAGAAGAUGAAGAAGACGGAGAGCGGCAUGUACGCCUGUGACCUGUGUGACAAGAUCUUCCAGAAGAGUAGCUCACUGCUGAGACACAAAUACGAACACACAGGGAAGCGACCUCACGAGUGCGGCAUCUGCAGCAAGGCCUUCAAACACAAACACCACUUGAUCGAACACAUGCGACUCCACUCGGGGGAGAAGCCGUACCAAUGUGACAAGUGCGGCAAGCGCUUCUCCCACUCGGGCUCCUACUCCCAGCACAUGAACCACCGCUACUCCUACUGCAAGAAGGAGGCGCAGGGCCAAGGAGGAGGCAGAGAGAGCCCCGAGGAAGACGGGGAGGCCCAGGCCGGGAUGGAGGUGCUGAGCCCGGCGCAGCGGCGGCCCUCGCCCCCGUUGCAGCUGGACUCGGACGAGCGAGGGAGCAGCACCAGGGAAGAUGAGGAGAGCGAGGAAGAGGAGGAGGAGGAGGAGGAGGAUGUGGAGAGGAGGCCAAUAGAGCAGGAGGAGUUUGAUGAGGACGGCGCCGUGGACAUGGAUGACAUCCAGGUGGUGCAGAUAGGAGACGAAGGCGGGGAUGAAGAGGAGGAGGAGGAAGGGAGGGAGUGGGAGAGGGAAGGCGCCGGCGGCCAGAAUGGAGAGAAUGAGGAGGAGAGAGAGGAGGAGGCAGACACAAGGCAAGAGGAGGCGCAGGGCAGCAGCGAGAAGGAGGAGGAAGUGGGAGGGGAGAAAGAGAACGUGGAGGCCAAGGAGGAGAUGGAGACAGAGGAAGGAGUGACAUCAGCGCAGAUGGAGGAGAGGGCGGGGGAGGAGCCGGAGGUCAUGGAGGAGACUGGAGGUGAAACGAACGGGGACGCAGUUUCGGAGGACAACGACCAGAGGCUGCAGGGGAAAGGAGAUACCGAAUAAAAGAGGAGCCAGACCCACGAUUACACCCUCUGAGACGCAAUCAGAUUUUUCCUCCCCCCCCCUCGUGAAAACACGCGGAGAGGAGAGCGCAGGAGAUCACGUUUGGUUACUCGGACAGUUCGUUUCAGUUCACUACUGUGUAGAAAUCCAGGUGUGCCUGAAAAAUACUAGUGACUUUUCCAGCAGGAGAACGACUUCUCGCUGUCAGAAAAAAAUUCAUUUGUAAAGAAAAAUUAAAAAAAGAUGAAGACGAACACGAAUUUUAACAACGGAAGAAAUGCAUUAUACAGACUUUGGAAGCUAGAGCCGACACGUUUUAGAUAAUGUUUUAUUACUAAAACACCUUGGGUCAUUUCUUUUUAUCAGUGUUACUAAUUUUAUCACUCAUAUUUUAACCUUUAAAAAGCUGUACAGUUGGGAGAUAUUUCUAUACCUUUUUAUUGCCAAUGAACAAAAAAAAAAAAAAAUCAGUAUUUUAUUAAGUUGGAAGGAAAAUGAGUAAAAAUCCUGUGCACUACAAGUGGCUUGGUUUACCUAUGGAUCGAACAGUUGAGUUAUGUUGUCUACCCUUCAGUAUUACCGCACUAGACCUACCACGCCAUCACGCUAACAGACAUUAGCAUUACCUUUCUUUAUGUCGUUCUUUUGAAUGGAUGGUGAGCCUUAAGAAGAAAAAAAAAUAAGGGAGUUCGGUCACGUUCUGUGUCUCGUUCCUUUUAAGACUGAAGGCCGUGGAGGUACUCGAUGCAUCGUUCAAGUUUGUGUUCAUUUACAGAUCAGUGUUCUAAAUGUUCAGAGCAAGCAGACAGAGGACGUAGAAAAACCUUUUGACCCCAUACCUAUAACCCCACUUGGAGCCUUAUGCAAAAAAAAAAAAAGAAAAAAAAGAAAAAGAAAAAAGAUAAACAUGCAUAUCAAAAGUGCCAUUGAAUAUUGCUGUUGAACCUAAGCAGCUGUGAUCAGGUUUUUGCCGGCGCCCACAUUUGAUCGCAGCUCGACGUGUCAACUAAUAAACCGGUAAUACUGUUGACUUUGGCUCGCCACCACACCUGAUAGAGUAGAAUUUAGCCUGCCGCAUAUUUCAUGUAUCAUAGACUUUAGAUACGUCGCUUCUAUUUCUAAUCUGAGCAUUCGGCGAAUAAAAAAAGGACUACGAUGCAGCGUCGAUGAAGGAUGAUUUGUAAUUGUGAAGUAUGUCCUGCCUUUGCAAAAAUCCACCUUUUCAAACCCUGUUCAGUGCACUUGUUUAACACAUUGUGAAAUGCUGACUUUCUCUCUUCAGGUAACAAAUGUAGGCAAAUAUGAAUCCCAGGAGUUUAAUUCAGACAAAUGUUUUUACCUGUCAGUAUUAUUUUGUCAGUGUUUUUUUUUUUUUUUUUUUUUUUUAAUGUUUUUUGUUCUGUUUCAUUCUGUGUACUGUAUGUUUUCAGCAAUGACAGUAUUAUCCCCACCCCCAAUGAUAUGGGUAUGUCUGUUUAGUUAUAGAGAACUUUUAUAUUUAUGUGUCUUAUUUUUUAUAUUUCUUUAUGGUUAUUUAUUACACUCUGUAGUGUACAAUACUGUAGUUUGUAUUAAUACGAUAAUAUAUUUUAGUAUGGAAAAAAAAACAUUCAUGUCAAAAGGCAAAUGACUACAAGGCUGGAAAAACGAGACUCCGGCAUACUGAAGUAUGUUUUUCGAACAAAUGAAGUGAUGCUUUUCCUUGGAAAACAGAAAAAAAAGAAAAAAAGAAGAGAAAACCACACCCUACAAGCCUGAAAUUGGAACCUGUGACCUCUC